AUGAUCGGCGUUUGGGUGAUAGAAUGCGUCGACAUUAUAACGAUUUUGGGGGUCGGCGAUCGUCAUCAAGGGGAGCAUCCAUCUCAACAGGAAAUCAAAGCAUACAAACGAGCUCCGACGUCCGAUCUGAAUCUGGAUGGAGCAAUUGAAGAUAAUCUUCAGAUCAGAUAUCUUCUCGGCCCUCAAAUACGACAGAACUCAUACCACAUCGAAUGGACGCGCGACAGCCUCACCCCCCUCAUGCCGUCCAUCUUGGACUGGCUACACGAGGAAGUCGCAGACAGUUUGGACCAGGCUCUGGGCAAAGAUAACCAUGACUUCCAGAAAGUCAAAAUCUUUCCAUUUUCGCUCUCUUUGAAUUGCAGAAUCGCGGCUAGAAUCGUAGUGGGAAAGCCUUUAUGCCGGGAUGUCAAGUUCCAACAUCUUUGCGAGCAGCAUUCUCAGUUGCUGGUUGUGCUCAGCAUGAUUCUCAAGCUUCUUCCAGCCUGGUGCAAGCCUCUGGUCGUGAGAAUGUCGCCUAUACGGGGAAUCCAGCGUCAAAUUACUGACUUGGUUCGGCCGUUGGUGCUGGUAAGCUACAGGAAGCUGAAGCAAGGCGAUCAAGAUUCUAAAGGGACUGCAAGUGAACCACCCGAAGAGCAGUCAUUAAUGGAUUCUCUUGUUCGCACGGCUGUAUCUAGGACGCCGUCUUUGACUGCUGAAGAGGACAUUGUCCACGAAAUCACUAUGCGAUUUCUGAGCAUCUUAUUCCUCUUUUCGGGGAGUCCGACACUGACGGUUGCGAACAUGGUUCUUGACCUUGUCAGCGAGCCACGGGAGCUAUACUUCGAUGCUCUACACUCAGUGAUAACGUCUGUAGUCGAAAAGUACGGCGGCAGAUGGACGUUGGAGAAUAUCAAGGAACUUGACCUCACAGACAGCUUUAUUAAAGAGUCGAUGCGCUUACGUCCAGCAGCUUUUACCAUCGCCGGCCGCAAAGUCAUCAAUCCUCAGGGAUACACUCUCCCAGAUAACUCAGCCACCGUGCCAUUUGGCUCCUAUUUGACUCUUCCCAUGUACGCCAUACAUCAUGACCCAAACCACUACCCUCCUCGAACUGAAGACGGGUCCGAAUUCGAUGGUUUUCGGUUCAAGGCUACGGAGAACAAUGAAGCUGUGCCACUUGUGGGAAGUAGUGAAACAUUUCUGUCUUGGGGUGCCGGCCGUCACAUCUGUCCCGGCAGAUUUGCAAGUGCUGCCAUACUCAAAAUGUGCCUAGCUGAACUGAUCCAAAAAUGCGAUUUCAAGCCUCGUAAUCGGAUAUCCGAUGUCACGUUUGCGAAUAUUUAUGUACCGAGCAAGACACUGACGGUGGAGAUGCGGAGGCGGAACUCAGCGUGA